AUGGCAAACGGUGUAACGGCGAACUCCAUGCGUGUUAAUGUAAAGGCGCCUGACUUGGGUGCCUUUCCCCUCGAUCAUUAUAGCGAGUGUAAGAGCCAGGUUGAGGCAUACUACAGAUGUCUGAAAAGCAAUGAUUACGUCACACCCUUGUGUCGCGAUCAGAUGCGGGAAUAUCUGCAGUGCCGCAUGGACCGUGGCUUGAUGAAGCCGGCGGACCUCGACGGUUUUGGUAUUCCCAAGACGGAGUUUGUACCAACCAGGCAGCAUCGGAUAGAUUUAAAGCAGCAGUGGCUACGGCAGAAGAUGAACCAGGUGACAGUGGUGUGGGAAGAAAACUAUAGGAGGGAUGAUCUGCAAGUGCCUGACGGCUACGAGCGAGAGAAGGGCGGUGGGGAUGGUGGUGGUGGUGGGGAUCCGAAGCCAGUGGGCGAAAAGGUAAAUACGUAG